AUGCUGUCCGCUCCUGUUAAAUCCGCCAAACGAAUUUCGUCCUUGUUUUCUUUGGGUUCACAUAAGGAUACUCCCAGUCCUUCUUCACCGCGCUCGCCGAGUCUUCCUCCCGAUCAAGCUGCGCAGGAUACGCGACCCCGAAGUAGUUCCAGACCAGCUCCUCGUCAAUCCUCCGCCCCCGCCGUUCCCAACUUCUCACAUCCCGGAAAUGGCGCUUCCGGCAGCCCAAUGAAGGAUAACUUUGAGGAUUUGGACGCUCCGCUCCCGCCCCCUCCGUCACUCUACGCGGUCAACUCGGACCUGGCCGACAGCGCAAAUAACUCGCCCGACGGUGGACCACAAAGCAGAGGCCGACGUUUGAGUCAUAGUAGACCGUCUAGCUCCGGUGGCUUAGCUGUCCCCGGCGGCCCUGAUUCACGGCCUGGAACACCCUCCAAGAGACGCAGUUGGAUGCCCGGGCGGGCGCGCGCGAGCUCCAUCGAUGUGAGGUCCAGUCCGCAGCUACCGAGCGCUUGGAUUGCGGGACUAGAACAUAAGAUACUGUACGAUAUGGGCCCCUUGGGCAGGGGAGAACAGAUAUCCGAACUAUGGAACGAGACUGGCGACACAUACGUAUACUUGUUCCCUCAAAACACCGGCCGACCUCCAUCGUUCAAGAUUCAUUCCACUGUUUUUGCCGACUCAGCCUCGCUAAACUUCCUCGCUCGUGGCUCCGACCCGAGAGCUACCGGCAACCUUGAGCGACAGGCACGAAGUUUGUCCCUGAACCCUAAUAGCACACCUACCUCGCCCCUUACCCCUCACAAUUGGAAUGAUAACGAUAACGAAAGCGCCGGUAGUAGGCGCAUGUCGUUCGAGGAUGAUGCGCAGGAAGAGACUCAAGAACUUCAUCUCUACCUGCCGAUCCCGCUGAACAGUGACGUGUCCAGCGAGGGCGCAGAAAUCUCUCAAGAAGACUUGGAGACGCUUCUUCUCUUCCGAAACCUCUUUGCCUUCCUCCUGGGCCAGUCCUUGAUUGCGACACCCCGAUCUUCAUCCUUGUUCACAAUCUUUAUGGACAUCGCCACGCUACUGGCUCGCUUCGAGUUCACCAAUCUGGAUGGCUCGAACUUUGGCGAAAUUGCGACGUCCAGCUUCAGCAACUAUUGUGAUGAACUUUGCCUGGCUGAUGUCCGAAAGAGCCGAGAAAAGACGAUCGAAGCUAUCAUUUUGGGAGAAAGGCUCCGUUUCUACCCGCUCUACCUGGAAGGUUUUGUGCAUGGUGUCGGCAAACUGGACGAGCUGAAGCAGCUUAGGAGCCCUAAAUUUGGGUUGAUCAGUGCUAUAACCCAGAAACGACUCGAGCGUGGUUUCAUUGACCUCGACGGUCGUCUCAAGGUCUUGCAGAGCAAGCUCAACGACUUCGAAUUCCCUUCGAUUUUCUCCGGUUCCGCAAACUCCCAAACAUCCGCCGAGAGCAAGGUCGUGCGAUACAAAGCUUGGAAGGCAUCGUUCCUUGAGUUCCGACGCUUCAUGCUUCAGUACUACCGUCAGAGGUAUGGCUCGUGGCCACCUAAGCCAUCGCGGAAGAACCAAUUUGAGGAGACUGGCUUGAACCGUCAAGUAACGAAGGAGAUGUACGAGGAUAUGUGUAACCUGUAUGAUAUGCUUGUCGAUCGGACGGCUCUCACCGAUCGAACAUUGGAUGUUACACCAGAGGUCGACGAGUCUGCCGGUCCAGCAGAGCUACAAAACCGCGCAAUGCGGAUAGUUCUCAGUGAAUAUGAUCGGAGUACGCCACCAGUCCAGCCGCCUAUUCCGUUUGAUAUCCCACAAUACCCGUCCCUACAGCCGCUCCUACGAAAACCCCUGGACGCCAAGAAGGAAGCGAAGCAGAUGACGAAGAAGUUGAAGGACUCGGACGUCAAUGCAGUACUAAUGGGUUCCUAUACUCGUGAGAGUCUAAAGCCGACGCCAUUUGUCGAAGCGUUCAUGCAGUUCGAGCGGCGGUCUGGGCAUGGAAAGUGCGUCAACGACUUGAUCGACCUCCGGUGUGGUCAGUGGAUCCUCAUUUACUGUAUCAUCCAGGCAUUGCCGCUGGUCGUGGUGGAUGUCCAGGAUGUUCGCUUCACUGAUGACACGGAGUAUUUCCUUUGCAUUGCUCCUCGUGGCGGCGCGCCUUGGGUGAACAGUGACGGCAAAGUCGCACGCAGUUGGUUUGGUGUUGCUGGCGGCAAUGGUCUUGUCAGCCUACCGUCUGAUGUGGUCAUUAACGGCGUGGAAGGUGUCUACCGCCGCAGUCAUUGUUGGCAAGUGGCCGAGCAAUGGGCUGAGAAGGAUGCUAUUCUGGGCCCUCCCACGGUUGACGACCCGUACGAGAACGAGUCAUCGAUCUCCUCACCAUAUCCCGCACACCAGUCCUCUACGGGGUCAUCAUCAGAAAUGCACCCGCACCUACAGCAGCCCAUGCCAGGGCAGCAAACACCCCCAACGCCGCUGUUGACUCCCGGCGGCGGUCUUGCGCCGCCACCUGCUAUUCCCCGGAUGAACUCGCCAGCUCUACGGGCAAGGGCGGAGCACCGGCACUCGAUCAACCCCGGGCUGGAGGCGCUGCCAUUACCAGCAGGUGUUGCGCCGAUUGACCCUCCUGCCCGACCAGUCAGCAAGUUCAACCCCAAUAUGAGCUUCGACGACAUCUUGAAGCAGGUCCCAAAUCAACAAAAGGGCAAGAAAUGA